CGGUGCCUCACAGGCUUCCAGUCAAUGGAGACAAGCGGCCACGCCAAUGCGAUAAUACUAGUGACAAACGAGGCCGUAGCCGAUGUCAAGUUAAAUUUGAGUUGAAAUAGUGCAUCGCUCGUAGAUGAACUGCCAUGCCCGUGAAGGAAUAGUUGUAUGCUAAACAAUUGGCCCUUUUUGCAGCUGACGCGCCGUAACAACACAAAGGCCUAUGUAGCUAGUUAGCUAGCUAACAAGUAAUUCAACGCCAGCUGCAGCAAAUUAACAGGCCUACCAUUUUAAUUUUUUUUAUCCGUAACUUAAGACAGUUAAUCUGCUCUACCAACAAGACAGUAUUUCAGUAUUUAUUUUUGCUUCUAAUGGAGGAACAGAGUGCAGCGGCCAUGCAGCAAAAUUUGGACAGGAGUUGCUGGGUAUGCUUUGCCACAGACGAAGACGACCGCACAGCAGAGUGGGUGCGUCCGUGUCGCUGCCGCGGCUCCACCAAGUGGGUUCACCAGUCCUGCUUGCAGCGCUGGGUGGAUGAGAAGCAGCGGGGCAACAGCACGGCCCGUGUGGCCUGCCCACAAUGCAACGCAGAAUACCUCAUCGUCUUUCCCAAACUGGGUCCCGUGGUUUACGUGCUGGACCUGGCAGACCGGCUCAUCUCUAAGGCCGGCCCCUUCGCUGCAGCUGGCAUCAUGGUGGGCUCAAUCUACUGGACUGCCGUCACCUACGGAGCGGUCACGGUCAUGCAGGUGGUGGGCCAUAAGGAGGGCCUGGACGUUAUGGAGCGGGCCGACCCUCUGUUCCUGCUCAUUGGCCUGCCAACCAUCCCUGUCAUGCUGAUCCUCGGCAAGAUGAUCCGCUGGGAGGACUACGUCCUGCGUCUGUGGAGGAAGUACUCUAACAAACUGCAGAUCCUCAACAGCAUAUUCCCUGGGAUUGGCUGCCCAGUUCCUCGUAUCCCGGCAGAGGCCAGCCCCCUGGCGGACCACGUGUCGGCCACGCGGAUCCUGUGUGGCGCUCUGGUCUUCCCCACCAUCGCCACCAUCGUGGGGAAGCUCAUGUUCAGCAGCGUCAACUCCAACCUGCAGAGGACCAUCCUGGUGGGUACAACCAGAAAUCCCUCGCACAUCCGAUACAGAAAACACACGGAGGUAUCGCCUUUGUGGCCAUCAAGGGGGCAUUUAAGGUGUACUUCAAACAGCAGCAGUACCUGAGGCAAGCCCACCGCAAGAUCCUCAACUUCCCCGAGCAGGAGGAAGCCUGAGGAGGCUCCGAAGGCCGGAGGACAGCCGGACAAACCGCACACCUCUGUCUGAGGGCCGAGGGAGGGGAGGAUAUAAACUGUCAGACUCUGAGCAGGAAGUUUUGGUGAAACAAACUUGGGAUCAGUGCCACCCUUACAACCUACUCCCACCCUCCUACACCUCCCCCCCCCACCACCCCCGUCUGUCGCUGACAUCCACGCAAGGAUCCCCACCACCACUACACAUUUUUACUCCCGACGCUUUCGUAAGAAGAAAAAUGAGACUUGUGGACACAGACUGGAGCAUGGUUACACACAACACCCCCCCCCCCCCCCCCCCAUCUCUUUUCCAAGAACUCGUGCUGUGACUGUGGGGUGGACGUGCUUCCAAAAUCACAUAACUAAUACUUAUUGUAAACUUGCUGUAUUUUAAAGGAAGACGAUGCGGGGCAUGUGUAAUUAGUUUUAUAAUAAUUAUAAAUUGUUUUAUAAUGCUUAGUUUGCGGAUUUGAAAAGCCCCCUUUGCCAACGUUGGGGUUUAUAUUGAAUGGUGAUUAAUGUUCAGUGUGUGAAAGUGGAAUGUAUUCCUGAUAAAACAAUAAAACGUGUUGUGAAUCAUGACGCAGUACAUUACCCACAACCAGGAAGAAUUGCGAGAAUGUGUUGCGACUGUUGAGGUUUAAUCUUAAUGCGACUCUAAAGAGAACCAUCUAAACCCUGACCACUGAAAGGAUGUUAAUAUAGGUGUUUUAGACCCCCUGCAUUGAGGGGUGUCUUUAAUUUUUUCGUUCACAUGCCUUGGCAGUGUUCACGUAAAAUUGUCUAACGUUAUCUGUUUUUGCAAAACACCAGUAACUGAUGCGUUUUUAAAGCUUCAUCACCCGUCGAGCCUGUUGCCAUAAGGCCGUCUGUCAGACGGUGGAUGGAGAAUGUGGAUGCUUUAAUCCUUUUAAUCAGAGCUUUUUGCAGUGACUGAGCAUUAUGAAAGUUUCGGGGAACUGAUGCAGCACUUUUCUCUGGGAGAUGUGAAACCUACAACUUAGUCUGGACUUUCUGUCUGUCUUUUUAUUCAACAUACAGUUCCCCUUCUGGAGCUGUUGGCAGGAAAUUAAAGGGCCAGUUCAAUCAAAUUAAGAACAAGCUUCUCCUCACUAGCUGUGCAGAUAUUUAUUUCUGCCUACACCUCAGUUGCCUUUUACAAUAAAUACAAUUUUCAAAUGUCUUAAUUCUGGAAUUUUUAAGUACAAAAUUAAAACUCUUGACAGCAAUCUCAAUUAACUGGGACACCAUUUCUCAAAGCAAUGGAAAUGUCAAAACCUGGAAGAAAGUACUGUAUCUACAGAGGAUUAAGUGAGGGCUUUUUGUAAUUUCAGUGAACUGACUAACAUAGCACUAAUAGUAAAUGGGUUUGCUUUAAAUCAGUGGCAGCAUGUGAUCAAUGUCAGUUUUUCAUGUGACAAUUUUCAGAGGACCGAGGCACGGCACAUAGCUGACCACUUAACUAGCACAUGAAAACUGUGCCAGCUUCAGACAUCCUCCUCCAGCUUGCAAGCCGCGACUUCCCCGGUACGUUCACUGUAAAAGCAUCCACUCCGCCAAAAGAGACAAAGUGUGAUCUGUGUUGUACGGACAUUGCUUGUGAGUUUGGAGUUCUACGGCAUCCGUUAUGUGAAUAAAUGUAUUUUUCCAA